UUCCAUUUUCCAUCCUACCUCUUCUCUCUAUAUCUCAACCACCUCACUCCCAAUUUGAAGCUUAAAAAGCAGUCAGUACCAACCUUCCUUUCUGUUACACUGCAGAUUCUCUAAACCACUAACUCUUCUCAUCCAUCAACAAGAGAUGAAAGGCAUAGACAUCUUCUGUGCAUCACAGGCCUCAACAGCUAUAUGUCUUAGCAUGGAUCAACCCUCUUCCUCCUAUUCCUCUUCUUCAUCUUCCAUUUCCAACACUGCUCAAUUUGGUGGCAGAGCCAUUGACCGCCACAACCCCAUCAUCACAGAUCCUAGAAGAACCCCCUCAAGAGACCUCAUUUCCCCUAGCUCUUCUUCUCAGUCCCCCAUUGAGCCCAAACCUUUGCAUGAUCAUCUCCAAAAGACAAAGAAAAACUCCACUUCCAAGCCAAGUGGUCAGAAGAAGAAGAGUGCUGCAAAGGGUCAUGAUCAGAAGAAGAAAAGUGCUGCGGGAAAGUUGACCGAACACAUCACCAACAAUUACUCCUCAAAACCAAUUGACAGCAUUCUGAGGAGGAGUUGGGCUAGGCCACCUUCUGAUUUGAUCACUCCUCCUGGUUCUUCAAGAUAUUUGCUCAUUGACACGCCUUCCUUGGACCGCGUAUCUUCGGUUUAUGAUCCUGUUUUGGCUUUAACUGAUGUUAAUAAGGAGAAAGCACAGGUUAUUCAUCUUGAUCAAACCAAACAUUCAUCUAAACCCUCUAGCUCCACUCUUCCAAAAUCUGAUUCCUCAGACCAGGUUGUAGAAUUGAGGGUUUCUCUGCACUGCAAAGGUUGUGAAGGGAAGGUGAGGAAACAUCUGUCUAGAAUGCGAGGAGUUACGUCCUUCAACAUAGACUUUGCGGCAAAGAAGGUUACAGUAGUUGGUGAUGUGACUCCUUUGAGCGUAUUGGCAAGCAUAUCAAAGGUGAAGAAUGCACAAUUUUGGCCAGAACAUGCUUCAAUAGUUGGAUCCGAAACAAAGAGAACAAAUUUGAUCUAACGGGAGAGGAAAGUAGCCUAUUGGUAUUGUAAUUUUUUUUAAUGUCACAACUCGUGAAUUGGUCAGUAUCUAAUUAGUGUAAAUAUUAGAGUGUAGGUUUGGCUUUGAAGAGAUAUUAGAGUUUGUUUCGAAGGAACCUUAUUUUUGUACAAGGAUUGGUCUAAUUUCUCUGGAGAAAAUUUACGAUAUGUAAACCAACAUAAGACCUGAUCCUUUAAAAAUUAUGAACAGGAAUAAUAUUUAGCUACAUAGAGAUGUA